GUAAUAAACGCUCUCAGUCGUCUUUCCUUCUCAGUGAUCUCCUCCUUCCAAGCCGAAGCCCCGUCGUCGCUUUCUUCCAUUUGUUCGCCGUUUACACCUCGUACCCCCAAAGAACAAACCUAGCUCAACAAUGACCGCCAUCAGCUCCUCCAUGACCCGCCGCGCCGCCGCGACGACCGUCGUGUUGUCCGCCUUGGCCGCCGUCAGCGCCAACGCUAAGAAGUCCGACUACAACCCUCGCUUCACGUGGUGGGGUAUCCUGAUCAUGAUGAUCGGCAUUGUCGUGCUCACUUCGGUUGCCCUGAUCAUCUACUUCUGCUGCUGCCACAAGGACUCGGCGCAUAAGGACGUGGAGAACGACGCGGACACUCGCUCUGAGGGCGCGGCUGCAGUGCCGUCGGCCAGCAACGAGCCGGCGACCGCGUCGAAGAGCCGCCCGGCGGAGUAAGGAGCAAACCAAAUACGGUUGUGCUGCGAUGACGACGGCAUAAAAGGCCCAAUCCUUUUGCUGCCGCCGCUGUCCGUAGAAUUGUCUUUGGCUUCGUUGUGUUGUCGGGUGGUGUUUUCCCGCCGUCUCCCACCCAUCGCAUUAGACGGCGUUGAUUUGUUUUUCUUCUAAUUUUUCUUCUGUGCUAAAAGUGGGUUUUGGUGCGUUCAUUAGACGCCACUGCGGUGUGCAGGCAUUCCUAUUGCCGCGGUGCCGCCGUCGACGGGGCACCGACGUGUGCCCGGCACUCUGCCCACCGGCGUCUGCGCAUGUAAAAACCCACACCCCAAAAAAACGAUUUUAUUUUCCUUUUCUUCUUCCAUUUUUUUUUAUUUUUCCAUUUUUUUAAAACCAAUCGGAGCGAUUCGAAUGCCCUAACGAGUGUGUGGAGAAGCGCCGCACCGCGUGCGGUGAUGACGGCGGUGCUGUUUCAAACGGCAAAAGGUAGCUCUUCAUUUCUGCACCGGGCUCUUUGCAUGCUCCUCUCUGCUUGUACUGGGAUUGGUACUGCCGUUGAACAAAGGCCGUUCUUCUCCUUUUACGCUGCUCCCACUAGUGUGGUUCUGCGCGAAGAGUGAGGGAGCGGGAAACCUGCGAAGCAGAGAAAAGUAAAAGAAAGCCCUCUGUGCUGGAACGCAACGCCUACGCUCAAGACACGAAACGAUAGCUUCGAGAGGAAAAAAGGAAAAAAGAAAACAUCAUAAGUCGCUGCAUUGAACGCACCGGAUAAUAUUUUUCCAAACAUAACUCGUAAAAGAAGUAGGACUUCCAAAGAAAGGAUUCGGAAACGCACGUACACGGCGUCCACACGCACCGCUGAAUACCGCGGCUGUGUUCCUUGCGUCUCAGCGGCGCAGCUCGAGGAGUUGUGGACGCCUUCAUAUUCUGUUUUUUCGUAAUCGCGUUGGUAUCGUCGUUUUGACUCGCUUCGUCGCUCUCCUUUUUUUCCGUUUCUGCAACUCGUUGACUACAAAGAGACGCGUGUCUUUUUUUUUCUCUCUCACCGUACUGUCGUGAUCCCCCGUUGCAGACUUGCUUGGAAAUGCGUGGCGUCGACGAGUGCAAACACAAUACCCCUUCUCCUUCUUUUAGCGUCCGGCGUUCAAUAUAUAUUUUUUCAAAAGACACCAAAAAGAAAAAAAAACAUGUACUUAUUUUGAUUUACAUGAGGAGUGUAAAUCGUUUAUCAAAAGCAGCAUUAAUUUAUUCCUCUUCUUAAUGGAAAAAAUAUAUACAGAAUUUCUUUUUCUCAGACAACACGAAAUGACAGAACCCUUCGCCAUCUUCUCUACAACGAAUCGUGACAUCGAGACAAUAGACGGUCUUUGCCAUUUUAUCUUUCGUGCACGUGUGGUGUCGUCAUCGUUUGAUUGUUUUACUGAGAAAGUGUCCCUUGUUUCGCACGCACACACACACACACACUUGUGUGAGAUGACAUGUAUGGAACGUAAAUAUAUAUAUAUAUGAAA